AUGCUAUGGAGAUGCAACUGGGUAAAGCCAAGGAAGAAAAUCCUUAACGCAUUCAGUUUCUCUUCGAUUCACGGUCAAUUUUCACCGAAAUCAAGAGAAAUCAGUGAAUUUUCUCGGGAAAAUACCUCUGGAUCUCGUGGAGUUGCUCCAAAGCCGUCACUUACGCACGACAAUGUCUAUUCUCGUUUACGAGAAUCCCCUUAUGACCUAAAAACGUUGAAUUUCUUCUUCUGGUGCGCGAAGCAAAACAAUUACUUCCACGAUAAUCGAGCAUUUGAUCACAUGGUUGGUGUUGUUGAGAAACUAACUCGUGAUUACAACGGCAUUGAUCGAAUCAUCGAAGGAUUGAAAACACUAGGUUGUGUAAUAAAGCCUCGGGUUUUAUUGUUAUUGCUUGAAAUCUUUUGGCGUGGUCAUAUCUAUGAUAAAGCUAUUGAGGUUUAUAAAAGCAUGAAUGGUUUUGGGUAUGUGCCCAACACUCGUGCCAUGAAUAUGAUUAUGGAUGUUCAUUUCAAAGUUAAUCUUGUUGAUCAAGCUCUGGAAGUUUUCGAAGGAAUUUGUGUUCGAAAUUUCUUUAGUUUUGAUAUUGCAUUGAGUCAUUUAUGUAGUAGAGGAGAUUUGGUUUGUGUUAAGAUAGUUUUGAAGAUGAUGAUUAGAGAAGGUUUUUAUCCUAAUAGUGAGAGAUUUGGGCAGAUUCUUGGAGUUUUUUGUAGAGCAGGGUGCUUCGUUCAAGGGUUUCAAGUGGUGGGAUUGAUGAUUUGUAGUGGGAUCUCUGUAUCUGUUCAUGUUUGGAGCAUGUUGGUUAGUGGGUUUUUUCGAUUAGGAGAGCCGCAAAAGGCGGUUGAUUUGUUCGAUAAGAUGAUUCUGAUCGGUUGCUCCCCGAAUCUAGUGACGUAUACUAGUUUGAUCAAAGGGUUUAUGGAUUUCGGAAUGGUUGAUGAAGCGUUUACAGUGCUAAGUACAGUGCAAUCCAAAGGUUUAGCUCCAGAUAUUGUUCUUUGCAAUGUGAUGAUACACGCAUUCACAAAACUCGGAAGAUUCGAAGAUGCUCGUAAGGUUUUCACUAGUUUGAAGAAAAGAAAACUUGUGGCGGAUCGGUAUACUUUUGCUUCAAUGGUGUCUAGUUUAUGUGUGUCUAGGGAUUUCGAUCUCUUUACUAGUAUCGCCAAUGGUACAAAAACAGAAUUAGAUCUGGUUAGCGGAAACUCGCUCUUAAACUGUUUCUGCAAGGUCGGUAACACUUUUGAGGCGUUGAAAUUAUUACGUUACAUGUCUAACCAAGAUUUUGCUGUGGACUGUUAUACAUUUAGUGGAUAUCUUACUGCGCUUUGUCGAGGAGGAGCACCUGAUAAAGCCGUUAAUAUGUAUAUAAGAAUGAUCAGUGAGAAAAUCUGUCUCGAUGCUCAUGUUCAUACUGCGAUAAUCGACAGUCUUGUAGAGUGCGGGGAAUACAAUGCCGCGAUACAUUUGUUCAAUCGAUGCAUCUCGGAGAAAUAUCCUUUAGAUGUUGUGUCGUAUACGGUUGCUAUUAAAGGACUUGUGCGUGCGAAAAGGAUCGAUGAAGCGUGUGCUUUGCUAUCCGAAAUGAAAGAAGCUGGUGUUUUCCCGAAUCGACGGACUUAUCGGACUAUAAUCUCUGGUUUGUGCGAGGAGAAAGAGAAUGAUAAAUUGAAAAAGAUUUUAUGGGAAUGCAUUGAGGAGGGAGUUAAGUUGGAUCCUAAUACUAAGUUUAAAGUGUUUAAUCUUUUGUCUCGAUAUCGCAGAGAUGUUUCUGAGUUUAGAUGGGUUUUUGAGAAAUGGAUGGAGAAGUUUGAUGUUUCUGAUUCAUGCGAUGAACUAUCUGUUUCUGUUGGCUGA